UGUAGGACACGACUACUGCCUUGCAGUUCAGCAAAGACAGAUUCCUCUACAGAGAUCUCAAAAAUGAGUAUGAUCAUGGAUGCCAUGCAUGGCUAUGGGGUGAGCACCACCCAGUAUUUGCAGACUAACUAUAAGGAUGCACAGGGGUGGUUCCUUUUUGUGUCCUUUGCUGCAGACCUCAGGAACACCUUUUUUGUCUUUUUCCCUAUCUGGUUCCACCUGAGAGAGUCUGUGGGCAUCAAAUUGAUUUGGGUGGCUGUGAUCGGGGACUGGCUAAACUUGGUCUUCAAAUGGAUCUUGUUUGGAGAACGUCCCUAUUGGUGGGUUCACGAGACAUCAUAUUAUGCCAACUCCUCUGUGCCGCACAUUGAGCAGUAUCCCAUGACGUGUGAAACCGGCCCUGGCAGCCCAUCAGGUCAUGCAAUGGGAGCCGCUGGAGUUUACUAUGCCAUGGUCACCUCAAUCCUUGCCAUUACGCUAAGCAAAAAGAAAAGAUCAACAACCAAGGCCUGGUACCUGCGUGGUAUUCUCUGGACACUGUUUUGGGGAGUCCAGGUGUGUGUCUGUCUCUCUAGGGUCUUCAUUGCAGCUCACUUUCCACACCAGGUCAUCGCAGGAGUCAUUUCAGGCAUGAUCGUAGCGGAGGCCUUCAACAGACAACAGUGGAUCUACAGUGCCAGCCUGAAGAAGUACUUCAACAUCACUCUGUUCCUGCUGUCCUUUGCCGUGGGCUUCUACGUGCUACUGAAGGCCGUAGGCGUCGAUCUGCUCUGGACCCUGGAGAAGGCUCAGAAAUGGUGCGCGAAUCCCGCAUGGGUCCAUAUGGACACCACACCCUUCGCCAGCCUCCUGCGAAACAUGGGUACACUGUUUGGUUUGGGAUUGGCUCUCCACUCACCCCUGUAUACAGAGAGCAAAAAGAGCAGUAGCACCCCCUUCAGGAUCAGCUGCAUCGUCUCCACUCUGCUUCUGCUGCACCUGUUUGACUCUAUUAAACCCCCUACGCACACAGCUGCCCUUUUCUAUCUGUUGUCCUUCUGCAAAAGUGCGACGGUUCCCCUGGCAACGGUCAGCAUUAUCCCAUACUGCGUGUCUGGAGCUCUGAGUUUGCAGAACAAGAAACAAGUCUGAGCUGCCACAGAAGUGCGGGAGAUGAAUGGGAAAAGGCUGGACACGGCUAACCUUCAAAAUCUUUGAACUUUGCUUCUUUUUUUCAUAGCAUACUGUUUCCCUAUAGACCAAAAAGAUACCUUUAAAUAUUGCUAUGACCUGCACAUGCAAUGAAUCCAGGUACCAGUGACUUCAUUUCAUGUGUGAGAGAAGAAGCGUACUUAGAGCACUGUGAAACUAUAGCGCUUAUUACUCAGGACCAAGGACUAGUGCUAGAUCAAAUAAUCUAAUAAUUUAUAUUUUCAGCUGUAGCCUGAGCGACGCUGGAAAAGGCUUGGAAAUUGAGCCAAGCUGAAGAGAAAACUUCUAUCUGAAGUAAAACAUUUGUUUAGUGAACUGUUGUAGAAGUAUUUCACCAGAGUGAACACAGACAACAAGUGUUUAACUAAAAUACAAAACGACAAAAAAAACAACAAAAAAACAAACAAAAAAAGCAAAACAAAAACAACAACUGUGAAGCAACAAGAUUUUAUUUUAUUGUACCGUUAACUGUUUUAUGAGUGUGUUUACUGUAAAAUUUUAUUUUUUGGAAAUUCCUUCAGAACAUUUGUAAUAAAACUUACAAAACAAA